CAAGAGUCAUAACCUAACCUUCAUACCUCAUUUACACCUACAAAUGAACCUCAACAGAAACUUCCCUUCCCCAUCCCUUUCCAUUACAUCUUUUUUCUCUCGACAAAACAAAACAAAACACAACCCAACACAACUCAACACAACACAACACGCUUUCAUUUUUGAACCAUUCCAAUAAAAGACACAAAAACAAUCACACAAGCCUCACAUCACACAUCUACCACAAACCAAAAAUACCUCAAAAACACAAUUGAAACCAAAAAUAAACAAGAAAAAAAUCAAACAUUCUUUUUUUCUUCUUCAUUAAAUCCAUCAUUUAGCCAUGAUGGCCACUCUCCAAUCCGACCAAAUAAAGCAACUAAAGGACAUAUUCAUGAGGUUCGACAUGGAUUCCGACGGCAGCCUAACGCAGCUAGAACUCGCGGCCCUUCUCCGAUCUCUCGGCUUAAAACCCACCGGGGAUCAACUCCAAGCUUUGUUAUCAAACAUGGAUUCAAAUGGCAAUGGUUACGUCGAGUUCGACGAGUUGGUUAGCGCCAUUUUACCCGAUAUGAACGAAGACGUGUUGAUCAAUCAAGAACAAUUGUUAGAAGUUUUUAGGUCAUUUGAUAGAGAUGGUAAUGGUUUUAUUACAGCGGCUGAGCUGGCCGGAUCAAUGGCUAAAAUGGGACAUCCAUUGACUUAUAAAGAAUUGUCUGAAAUGAUGAGAGAAGCUGAUACGAAUGGAGAUGGUGUUAUUAGUUUUCAUGAAUUUGCUCAUAUUAUGGCUAAAUCUGCCUCUGAUUUUCUUGGUAUUUAGUGCAUUUUUGUAUAUAUUUAAGAUGUUCUUGAUUUUUUUUGUUGAUAAAUUUGGUGAUAUGAUCAUGAUCAAGCUCAAGAUUCAUUUUCGUUUGAAGAUUUCAUUCGUUUUUGUUAAUAACAUAUUUUUUUAUGGAUUUUCUUGUUGA